AUCUCCUUGUCUUCAUCCACACCCUCACUUGUCUACAACUAAAUUAAAUACACACAAAUAAAAGCACAGGCUUCUCCUCAUAAAUCUAUCUCCCUUCUCUUGACUGAUGAUACAUACGAACACUACACAACAUAUGUUGAUUCCCUUUUUGAUCUGAUCUUCUACACCAAGACUUCCAAAACCCCAAUCCUUCUUUCAAACAGCAGCUGACCCCCCUUCUCUCGAUUCAAGAAUUGGCGGACCCCAAAGAGGAGCCGGCGGCUGCCGGUGAACUCCCCUCCAACCUCUCUGGUCGACGUGCUCUGAUGACCCCUCCGACUGCUCGUUGUCUCUUUGUUUUUCCGAUCGAACCGGCUCCGGUCAUCGUUUUCAGGCGAUGGUGAUGAAGAUGAUGAGGACGUGACUGAUGAUGAUGAUGAAGAAUGGCGGCGGCUAGUGGUUCCGUAACGGUGGUGCACCGUUUUCAGAUAAUAAGAGGGCGGCGGUGGUGGCCGACGGCUACCGGAGCCACGUCGGAAGAUUUUACGGCGAUGGUGGUGGUGCUCGACUCAAGUUUAAGCUCAGGUGUGAGUCCGAGAGUUGUGGCUCAGUCUCUGUUUGGUUUCUAUUAUCGGGUUCGGGACAGGUUAGACAAGCUCGGUUUUUGCUUCGAGUCAACGGGUCCACAGGUUCAGAUUCAGGUCAGAAUGGUUUCGGCCCAGGCUACAGCCGUGGUUCGGGUGACGACUCGGGCUAGAUGGUGGUUAUGGUUCGAAUCGGGUUAUGUUUUUGAGUAGUUUCGGGUUUGGUCAAACCCGGUCAAAAACGGGUCAAAGCUGGUCAAUAGAUAGGUUCAGGCUAGAUUCGACUCUGUCAAACAGAGUCAACUCGGUCAACCGAGUCAACUCAGCGAGGCAACUCAGCCGGUCAACUUACUCGGCCAACUCAGUCAACGAAAGCGGCGCGGAAGACUUGGUAAAUAUUUUUAGUGACGCGAAUAAUAUUUACAUUAAUUAUAAGAAUUUUUAUUAACUUCGUCAUACAAGCUCGAAUCGAUUCGGAUUAGCGUCUAGUUAUAUUUCACCAUAUUUAUGAAAAUUAUUUAUGUUGAUGAUUGAGUA